AUGUGUUGUUAUGUUUUUGUGUUCCUGUCAGGCAUCUGGCCAGAUGGUGCUGAUGGUACAGAUAUCAACGCCGUGUGCAGGUCACAUGACGCCAAGCUCCUGGUCUCUGCCGACGAUUUUGGCAAAGUGCGCUUGUUCCCCAACCCCUGCUCACAGCCAAGGGCUCCAAGUCAUGUUUACAAAGGCCACAGCAGCCAUGUGACCAACGUUGCCUUUCUCCAUGACGACAGUCACCUGAUCUCUACCGGAGGGAAGGACAUGAGCAUCCUGCAGUGGUCGGUCGUCUAGGGAACUCUGCUGCACCUUCACUGGAGCCUCCUGUCCACUAGAGGGCAGGACUGCUGUGCCUAAAACUGUCUUUACCCUGCUCUCCUACUCCUUGCUGUCUGAGUGUACUGUACUGUACUGUGCUGAGUAGCCACUAGAUGGGGCUCUGGCAAAACAGAAAUAGCAUGUCAAGAAGAAUAUUUAAAGCUAUUUGAAGAGCUGUAGCUGCUACAUGUGCUGUUUGCAGAAGUCUAUAGCGAUAAAGAUAUAUAACCGAGUGGCUGUUGUAUUUUAAUAUUUAAAGUACUUAAUCUUGUUGUGGCACUAAGCACUUGAUGCGUAGAUAGAAGUAUGCUAAUGCUAGACUUGGCCUCUUUUGUUUUACUAAUAAAGUUUCUACUUGAGUUUGA